AUGCAUUUCCUCUCUCACCUCGCUCUGCUGGCCGCCGCGUCCCUCUGCGCCUCCGCCCACUUCAUCCUGCAAUACCCUACUUCCCUCGGCUUCGACGAUGGCAUUGAAGCGACGGCGCCCUGCGGUGGCUUCGACGUCACCUUCAACAGCUCCGACGACUCGAUCCCCGUUGGCGGCUUCCCCGUCUCCAUGCUGAGCACCCAUCCUGCCGCCGACUGGCUCUUCCGCGUCACCCUCGACCAGAAAGCCCCCUUCAACUGGACCAAUCUGCUCCCCGUCGUGUCAGAGACUGGCCUGGGUCAAUUCUGUCUGCCGCAGCUGGUCGCCCCAGCUGAGUUUGCUGGCAACAAAGGCGUUGUCCAAGUGGUCCAGAAUGGCCCCGACGGUGUUUUGUACCAGUGCGCAGCAGUCAACUUCGUCACCGGCGUCAACUCAACCGUCAGCUCCAGCUGCACCAAUGUCACCGGCUUGACAGCGACCCUUACCAACCAGAACAACUUUGACACCAGCUCAUCAUCUUCCGCCGCCGGAACCAUGUCGGCUACUUCCUCCCCGUCAGCCUCGGCCACAGCUUCGGGAGGCGCCGCAUCGUCUAGCUCCGCUGGUCUGGCUGCUCCAACGAACGGGCCUCAAUUGAUCCAAGGUCUCGUCGCUGCCGCCGGUCUUGCUGUUCCAUUCUUUUUGUAA